GGAACUUUUGUUACGUGUGGAAAUCAGUGCGAAACUUUGUGUGAAAAUUGUGUUGAAAUUCGACAAGGAAUUUGUUGGCACAAGCAUAAAGCUCAAAACACUGACCAAAAAAGCAACGCACGCACGAAGGAAAUCGGCCAGGAAUAUAGUGACUAUAGUGAUGUGUUAUAUGACGUGUAUCUGAGAGAAAGACAAUAGGAAGAAUAAUAUUUAAAUAAUAUUAAGAGACAUUUUACGGUGAUAGGGCAAGUGAUAAUCGGAAACAAAUCAUUUCGAGAUCAAUAUUCAAUUAUUGGUUGAGUUGGCAUGUUAAGAGUGUUCGAUGCCGGUGCGGUUAAGUGUCGUCUAUGGCCGAAUCCGUUAAAAGUCAAUCGCUCUCUGCAUUGACGGAGGGGCAGCACGGUACCGACGACGGUAGUACAUCAGCGGCGUCCUUAGUUAAUAAUACUACCACAGGUGCAGCAACAUCCACUAACGCAAGUCACUCGUCGAAUCGUCGACGCAACCACAACAACAAUAACAACAACAACAACGGCAAUAGCAGCAGCAACAGCAGCGGCCGUAAAGGAAACAAGAACAAGAAACGCAGUACAGCCACCCCCACCACCCCGGCUGUCAGCUCCUCCGUCAACGCCUUGAAUACCUACAACCGUCGUUCGCGCAGCCAAGGUCGCCAGAACGCCAGCAAGGAGUCCGUGGUGUCCAAGCGUUCGACCGCCUUUCGAUCCCCCUCAUCCCCGGCGCCCAGCUCGCACUCGGCCACCGGCGAUCAGUCGGUGUCCCCCGGAAGUCGCAAGCGGCAGCAUCAGCACAACACCAGCGCCGCUAGCAGCUCCAAUCGCAGCAACCAAUCGGCUCCCGGUGGUGACCAGCUGGUGGAGCUCAGCUCGCCGCUGAAGAAGCGUCGCCUCCAGCCGACAUCAUCCGCCAGCAGCGUGGUAUCGGCAGGAGCCCCCGAGGCAGUCGAGGAAGGAAGCGCCGCCGCACCGGUCGUAGCACCAACUGCCGGGGUCACAGAUUCCACUGAAUCGCAGACGCCGCGCCAGGCAUCAGGGGGUGAUUGCGUGGCCCAGCGCACCCGCUCCAAGACCGUUUCGCCCGAGGAGCUGCCGAGCACAAGCAGCGCAGCUGCCGCGGCCCGUCUCCAGCAAAACAACCAGCUGAAGGCCAGCCCCAGCACCAGCAGUCUUCCGGUCAUAAGCAGCCGUCAUAAGCGCAAGGCCAGCGCAGGAUCGAAGUCCCUAAUCGAGGCGACUCCCCAACGUGGGGCGGGAGCAGUUCGCUCCGGACGCGCCAGCAACUUGCUGAGCUACUACCGCAAGACCCGGAAAGUCAGCCACACACGCUCCUCCCACAAGCCGGAGAAACAGGCCGCCCAGGCGGAGGAGGAGGAGGAGGAGGCGUCUGGCACAGCCACAGCCAGCUCUAGCGAGAGUAAUCUGCCAGGAUCCGUUUCGGGAUCGAGCAGCAAGUCGAGUGGUCUCGGCAAGCACAAGAAGGGCCUGCGCCACUUGCCGCAGCAUCAACUGGACACCGAAAGCGCCACCACAUCUGAAGCUGGAGCUGAGGAACAGCAGUCGGAGCACGGGAAUCUGGAAGUGGAGCAUCAGUUGCCGGCCGUAGAGUCGGCGCUCAAUCUUCCGGAGUCGUCAGCCAACCAGGACAGCCAGGCGGAGGGCCCAACCGAGGAGCAGGACGAGCGCGACGACGAGGAAGAGGAGGACGACGAAGACGAGGAAGAAGAGGAGGAGGAAGAGGUGAGCUUCUUCGAGAUUGUUAACUCGGCGGACUCGUCGUACGAGGAGGACGCCCAGAUUGUUGCCGAGGAGGACGAGAUCACCGAGGAGGAGGACGUUGACGACGAAGAGGACGAGGACAUCGAGGAGGACGAGGAUAUCGAGGAGGAGGAGGAUCUCUCGGAGAGCGAAUUCGCCCAGCAGCUAAUCGGUGAACUUGGUGGAGCCAACCAACAACAACAACAACAACGUAAUAAACAAGCCAAGAACAACAACAACAACAACGCAGUAGCGGCAACAACAAAAACUACCACAAAGUCAACAACAACUGCAACAACGUCGUCCGGCUACCAGCAACGUGCCGCCCCCCAUGGACAGGGGGCGGGGCCAGGAGCAGGAGCAGGAGCAGGGGGAGGAGGUGCUGGACGUAUCACUCGAGGCAGCAAUAGCAACAAUAGCAACAACAUUGUUGACUAUAGCAUUAUGCCGAAUCUGACGACAACAGCAACAAACACGCCAUAUGCCUUGCAACAACAACAACAACCAGCCCCACCUCCAACCCAACAACAACAAGCUCCACAACCACCACCUCAACUGCUGCCCACACACCAAUUUGCACACUUGUCUUCCUUUGUGACGCCCACGGGAGCAGCAGCAGCAGCAGCGGCGGCGCAGCAUUAUCCUCCAGCAGCCGCUGCUGCUGCCGCCUACUAUGCUCAGCAGCAACAACAACAACACCAUCAUCCGCACCAGCAACAGCACCAGCAUCAGCAUCCCCAGCAGUACUAUCACAGUUCUGUGGCCGUACUGCAUCAACCUCCACCACCGCACCACUUUACCUCCACAGGCGCAGGACCACCGCCGGCGCUCUACCAGCAACAGGCACCGCCGCAGCUGACCCGCUACACGGCAGCACCGACGGCGGCAGCGGCGACAUUCGUACCGCCGCCGCAGCAGCAGCAGCAGCAACAGGUUACUUACAAUCAACAGCACUCCUCACUGCGACGGAGCUCACGGGGCAAGACGGGUUCUUGUGUGAGUUCGGCGGCAGCGGCACAGCAACAUAGCACGGCUGCUGCUGCUGUACAACAGCAACAACAACAACAACAGCAGCAGCAGCAUCAACAGCAGCAGCAACAACAACCGCAAUUGCUGCCGCCGCCCGGUACCUAUCAGUACCAACAAGUGGGCGGUAAUACAGUUGUUGUUGCCGUGCGACACCAACAGCAGUUGCAACAGCAGCAGCAGCAACAACAACAACAACAAUUGGCCUUACACCAGCAACAGCAGCAGCAGCACCAACAGCAACGUGCCACUCUUGUGCAGCCUGGAUUCCUGUUCAGCUAUCGAAGCAAUCAUCCGCAACAGCAGCCACAUCCCCAUCCCCAACAGCAGCAGCCGCAACAGAUCCAUCAGGGCAGCAAAGUGACGCAUAGCAGUGCAGCUUCGGAUGCUUUAGCAUAUAGUUUGAUGGCUCAACAACCGCCAAGUGGACCGCCGCAUGCAGGUGGACAGCAAAUACCGCCAGGUGCCAACUCAACGAACCUCAGCAUCGUAGCGGCCGCACUGAGUGCCGCACGUGAAGUCGGCGGAGGAGCCGGAGGAAGUGGUGGUACAGCGACGGCGUCGGCGCCUGGAGCAUCGGCGGCAGCCGGAGGAACCAACAGCGCGGUGGGCGCAACGAGCAGCAACAGCAGUGCCGGCCAGCCAGCCAGCAACAGCGGCAGCAACAAUGUAGCCCCAGCGGGUGCUGCUUCUGGCGGAGCAGGAGCAGGCGGAGGAGCUACCGCCGCCGGCUCGACAAACAGUGCCAGCCAACAUGGCGGAGGAGCAGGAGGUGCGACGGCCGCCGACUCGGAAAGCGAUGACAGCGAGGUGGGCCGUCUCCAGGCUCUGCUGGAGGCCCGCGGUCUGCCACCACAUCUGUUCGGGGCCCUCGGACCCAGGAUGACGCACAUCCUCCAUCGCACUAUUGGAAACAGCAGCAGCUCGAAGGCGAACCAACUACUGCAGGGUCUGCAGUCCCACGACGAGUCCCAACAGCUGCAGGCUGCCAUCGAGAUGUGCCAGAUGCUGGUGAUGGGCAACGAGGACACCCUCGCCGGCUUCCCCAUCAAACAGGUGGUGCCGGCCCUCAUCCAGUUGCUCCGCAUGGAGCACAACUUUGACAUUAUGAACAACGCCUGUCGGGCUCUGGCCUACAUGCUGGAAGCCCUGCCCCGCUCCUCGGGGACCGUAGUGGAGGCAGUGCCAGUGUUCUUGGAGAAGCUGCAGGUCAUCCAGUGCAUGGACGUGGCCGAACAGAGUCUGACUGCGCUGGAGAUUCUCUCGCGUCGCCACAACAAGGCCAUUCUGCAGGCGAAUGGCAUCUCGGCCUGCCUCACCUACCUGGACUUCUUUUCGAUUGUGGCCCAGCGUGCGGCCCUGGCCAUCGCCGCCAACUGCUGCCUCAACAUGCACCCGGAGGAGUUCCACUUUGUGUCGGAGAGCCUGCCGCUGCUGGCUCGUCUCCUGUCGCAGCAGGACAAGAAGUGCGUGGAGAGCGUGUGCUCCGCCUUCUGCCGCCUGGUGGAGAGCUUCCAGCACGAUGGCCAGCGUCUCCAGCAAAUCGCCAGUCCGGACCUCCUCAAAAACUGCCAGCAACUGCUCCUGGUCACUCCGGCCAUACUGAACACGGGCACCUUCACUGCCGUGGUUCGAAUGCUGAGCCUGAUGUGUGGCAACUGCCCAGACCUGGCCAUCUCGCUGCUCAGGAACGACAUUGCAGCUACGCUGCUAUACCUGCUCACAGGAAACGCUGAGCCGGCAGCUGCCAGUGCCAACCACGUGGAGCUGGUUUCGCGCUCGCCCUCGGAACUCUAUGAACUGACUUGCCUCAUCGGCGAGCUGAUGCCCCGUCUGCCCCUGGACGGGAUCUUUGCGGUGGACGCCCUGUUGGACAGACCAACCCUCAACACCCAGGACCAGGUGCACUGGCAGUGGCGCGAUGACCGCGGCACCUGGCACAACUACUCGACGAUGGAUUCCCGCCUGAUCGAGGCCGCCAACCAGAGCAGCGAGGACGAGGUCAGCCUGAGCACUUUUGGACGCACAUACACCGUCGAUUUCCACGCCAUGCAGCAGAUCAACGAGGACUCGGGCACCACACGCCCUGUCCAGCGUCGCAUCAACCACAACUAUGUGGCUCCUGUGUCGGCAGGCCAGGAUCUAUCCACAUCUGCUGGAGGCUCAGCGGCAGCUAGCGGAGCAUCCACAUCGGCAGCUGCGGCGGCUGCCUCCUCGAACAAUAACAACAACAAUAACAAUCCACCAGCCAGCAGCAGUGGCCAACAGAAGCGUCGACCCUCAUUGGACGCCAGGAUUGCUUGUCUGAAGGAGGAACGUGGUCUCGCCGCCGAUUUCAUAAAACACAUCUUCAACGUGCUAUACGAAGUGUACAGCUCCUCGGCCGGACCCAAUGUACGCUACAAGUGCCUGCGCGCCUUGCUCCGGAUGGUCUACUACGCCACCCCGGAGCUGUUGCGCCAAGUGCUCAAGUACCAGCUGGUCUCCAGUCACAUUGCCGGAAUGCUCGGCAGCAAUGACUUGCGUAUUGUGGUCGGAGCUCUCCAGAUGGCCGAGAUUCUGAUGCGCCAGCUGCCCGACGUGUUCGGAACCCAUUUCCGUCGCGAGGGCGUCAUCUACCAGUUCACCCAGCUGACGGAUCCCAACAAUCCCAUCUGCGCCAACCCAUCUCCCAAGCCGUUAAGCACCACGGCCACGCCCACAGCCAAUGCCGGCGGCUCCCAGAGUGCUCCAGCUUCGGCCAACAGUCUGCAGGUGAAUCCAUUCUUCAUGGACAGCGCCCCAGGAUCAUCGAGUGCUUCCACGACGCCCAGCAGCAGCAAGCACCAGUCGUACAGCGUGAAGAGCUUCUCGCAUGCCAUGAAUGCCCUGACGGCCAGUGCCAAGGGAACUCCGGCUGGAGCCCUGGAUGUGUCUGGAACAUCUACUCCUGCCGCUGCCUACAACUACAGCAGCUCGGCGCCAUCUUCGUCGACGGCGGGAGCUCCUGCCUUCUUCGUGGCCCAGCAGGGAGAUCCGCGCCAGUACGUCCACUUCCAGCAGCCAGCGGCUCCACCACCGCCACCUCAACUGGAGCUGCUUCCCACUGGAGGUGGAGGAAUUCAGCAGCAGGCCCAGGGUCCGCCCCAGCAGGUGCCCCCGGUCGUUUACCAGCCACAACAGCAGCCGGCUCACUUGGUGGUGGCCUCAACCAGCAGCGCCGCCGCUUCGGCCUCCUCGUCGUCCUCUUCGUCGUCGUCGGCCACGGCUCUUCAGCACAAGAUGACGGACAUGCUGAAGCGAAAGGCACCGCCCAAGCGCAAAUCUCAAAGCAGUGGACGAGCCAAGUCGCGGCAGGAGGAUGCGGCCGCAGCAGCAGCUGGCUCUGGAGCGCCACCCGCCUCGGCUAGUUCGGCAAUGCACGAGCUACUGAGCCGAGCCACAAGUCUUGGAAGCGGCACUGGAGGAAGAAGCACGCCCAGCUCGGGCGGUGGCUCUGGAAGCUCCAAGUCUCGUUUCAACGCCGGAAACUCGACCAACGCGGGAUCCAGCAAAUCUUCAUUUCUGGCUUCGCUUAAUCCGGCUCGCUGGGGACGCCAAACGGCUCAUCAUCACCAGUCGCAGCAGCACCACGGCAUGUCAAAGGACUCGGGAAGCGCUAAUGCCAGUGGCUCGGGAGCCGGCUUGCCCUACACUGUGAACCAGCACGGCGCCGGAGGAAGCGGAGGACUGAAUGCCGCCGCCGUGGCAGCCAGCAUCAACAAGAGCAUCUCGCACGCCAAUCUCCUGGCGGCUGCCAAUCGUGAGCGUGCCCGCCAGUGGGUGCGCGAGCAGGCUGUGGACUUUGUGAAGCGCUACACGGAGCAGGAGGCACGCAGGAGUAAGUCUGUGUCUGAGAGCGGGGGAAGCCAGAGCACAAGCACCGCCGCUGCCGGCACCGCACCUCUGUCCACUGCUGGAAGCACCAAUGUGCUGGAGCGCCUGUCGAGUAUUCUGUUCAAGCUGAACGGCAGCUAUCACGACUGCCUGGACGCCCUCCUUGAACUUAAGACUAUUCUGCUCGAGAGCGACAUCUCCCCGUUCGAAGUCAACCACUCCGGCCUGAUCAAGGCCAUGCUCAACUAUAUGACCAGUGACUCGGGUCUGGUGGAGCGGGACGCCCGCCUGCGUAGCUUUAUGCACGUCUUCGCCGGCCUUCCGCUGGAACCCUUGCUCCAGAACGUGGGUCAGCUGCCCACCAUCGAGCCGAUUGCUUUCGGGGCGUUUGUGGCCAAGCUUAAUGGCUGCGUCACCCAGUUGGAGCAGUUCCCCGUAAAGGUGCACGACUUCCCGGCAGGACCCGGUGGUCGUUCCAACCAGAGUGCGCUCAGGUUCUUCAACACUCACCAGCUGAAGUGCAACCUUCAGCGUCAUCCACAAUGCAGCAAUCUCCGCCAGUGGAAGGGCGGCACCGUCAAAAUCGACCCCCUGGCCAUGGUGCAGGCCAUCGAGCGCUACCUCGUGGUACGCGGCUAUGGAGGUAUCCGUGCCGACUCUGACGACGACAGUGAAGAGGAUAUGGACGAUAACGUCGCCGCCGUGGUCAUGACCCAGGCUGGCUUCAAGCACAAGCUGCAAUUCACGAUCGGGGAGCAUGUCCUACCCUACAACAUGACAGUCUACCAGGCGGUGAAGCAGUUCUCGCCGCUGGUCAGUGAACAGCCGGAGACGGACAACGAGUCGGAGACCCUGUUGGGCAACGCCAGCAUCUGGGUGCAGCAGCACACCAUUUACUAUCGACCCGUGGAGGAGGAGGCCGCUGCUGGAGCCGCCGGAGCCUCCAGCAGCAGCUCGUGCAGCAGCAGUGGCGUGCAAAAGCAGCAGAGCAGCUCUAGCUCGGCGGCAAGCUACGCAAAUGCCUCGACCUCGUGCUCUUCCUCCUCGGGAGUGGCCAGUGGCGGAGGAUCGUCCUCGAAGAAGGCGCACAAGUCGAGCAGCAAGUUCAUGCGCAAGAAGACGGAACUCUGGCACGAGGGCAUCGCCCCGGGUGUGAUUUCGGCCCUGAAGCCGUUCCUUAGCAGCUCGUUGCCGAGCGAUGUGGUGACCGUGCAGGAUGCCUCCCUCGACGCCCUGUGCAUGCUGCGUGUGAUCCACGCCCUUAACCGCCAUUGGGAGCAUCUGUACGGAUGCGUGGUGCGCCAGAACAUCAUUCCACAAUCGGAGUUCGUCCAUCCCAAGAUCACCGCCAAGGCCAACCGCCAACUGCAAGACCCACUGGUUAUCAUGACUGGCAACCUGCCGCAGUGGCUGCCCCAGAUUGGAAUGGCGUGUCCCUUCCUCUUCCCAUUCGAGACCCGUCAUUUGCUGUUCUACGCCACCAGCUUCGACAGGGACCGUGCCUUGCAACGCCUGCUAGACACUACUCCGGACUUGAACGCAGCGGAGUCGUCUGAGCGCGUGGCACCUCGACUGGAUCGCCGCAAGCGGGCCAUAUCUCGGGCUGAGAUCCUCAAGCAGGCGGAACACAUCCUGCAAGACUUUGGCCAUUCAAAGGCCCUAUUGGAAAUUCAAUAUGAGAAUGAGGUCGGAACCGGUCUGGGACCUACUUUGGAGUUCUACGCAUUGGUCUCUGCUGAGCUGCAGCGUACGGAUCUAGGCUUGUGGAACGGAAGCGACAGUUACAAGCAGAACUCUGUAACCAUCGUGGAUGUAGUGAAGGCAAGCAGCGCCGUGGUGCACAUCGAGGACGCCCUCGAGGCCACCACCAUGGACCAGAGCCCGCCGCUCGUUAGCAGUACCACCACCACCACGGCAACCACCCGCUCAAGCAGCCGGUCUCACGUCCUGCGCAGCGGCGCCGGCCAACAGCCACCUCAGCCGGUGGAGCACAGCUCCUCCAGCACUGGCGCAAAUGACAACGCUUUAAACAUGAUCAUCGCACAGCAAUUUAGUGAUAUCAUCGCUGCGGAUGCAGCAGCAGCAGCUGCCGCUGCUGCCACUGAUAAUCCAAGCAGUACCACCAACAGCACCACAGCUAGUGUUGUGGAGCAGACAACCACGACAACUCAAUCGGGCACAAUGACCACCACCACAACCAUGACGAGCUAUGUACACGCCGCCCACGGACUGUUCCCACUCCCGCUGGGAAAAUCCUCAAAGCUACCCCAGAUGACCAAGGCCAAGUCCAAGUUCAAGUUCUUGGGCAAGUUCAUGGCCAAGGCUGUGAUGGACAGCCGUAUGUUGGACUUGCCAUUCUCACUACCAUUCUAUCGCUGGCUAGUCAAUGAGGAGCAUUCCAUUGGCUUGGCUGAUCUGAUGCGCGUGGCCCCGGAGGUACAAAACACACUUGUACGCCUGCAGGACGUUGUGCGCCAUCGCGAGUACAUCCUGGCUGAUCCAAACAUUGACGCCAUGGAGAAGACCGAAAAGAUUGAACAGUUGGACUUGGACGGCUGUCCUAUUGCCGAUCUGGGCCUUGACUUUGUGCUACCUGGUCAUGCCAACAUUGAGUUGUGCCGUGGAGGCCGCGACACUCCGGUGACUGUGCACAACUUGCACCAAUACAUCUCACUGGUCACCUAUUGGUUCCUAAUCGAGGGUGUCCAGAAGCAGUUUGAAGCCCUGCGCGAGGGCUUCGAUUCAGUUUUUCCGAUCCAACGUCUGCGUAUGUUCUAUCCGGAGGAGCUGGAGUGUGUGUUCUGCGGCUCUGCCAGUGAGCAGCAGCAGCCGCGGUGGGACGUGAAGAUGCUGCAGGACAGCUGCCGCACGGACCACGGCUUCCACCAAGAGUCGCAGGCCAUACAGUUCCUGUACGACAUCCUUGCCUCGUAUAGCCGCGAUGAGCAGCGCGCAUUCUUGCAGUUCGUGACUGGAUCACCGCGCCUCCCGACUGGCGGCUUCAAGGCACUGACGCCUCCGCUGACAAUCGUGCGGAAAACGCUGGACGGCAACCAGAACCCCAACGACUAUCUACCAUCUGUGAUGACAUGCGUCAACUAUCUGAAGUUGCCCGACUACUCGAGUCGUGAGGUGAUGCGGCAGAAACUAAAAGUGGCCGCCAACGAGGGCAGCAUGUCCUUCCAUCUCUCCUAAACUAAUGCGACAACACACUCCCCUCGACCACAUGUGAAGCAGCUGCAUCAACUAGAAAUUAAAACAAAACGGAGGAGUAUACAUAUAGUAGUAGUCUAUAUUCAAAGCGCCACAAAUCUGUGAAUGCCAGCUGCUUCAGCAUCAGGAAAAGCAUCGUUUAACUGGAUGGAUCAUUUUUGUUUAGUUGCCGUCUCAGCCAAAACAAUUUCAAUUAUUUUUUUCGAAAGUUACUUUCGUCGCGCGCGCGCUUCUUGGCGUCUCUCC